GGGCAGACGAACGGUUGCAUGGGCUUCGAAUAUCUCAGUUGGAGAAGCCACCUAAAACACCAGCAACAUGUCGUUGAAGGAGGAAUUCGCGACGCGCAACUUCAGUAUCUACGGGCAAUGGUGAGCAUCCUCUCCCACGUACUACCAUACGACACACGCCCCUCGACGCCAGGCUGCACGAUCGACAUCUUCCGCACCUCUGCUGAGUUGCCCGUGCCAACCGCAACAGCAGCAGUUGUUGAAGAGUACGAGCUAACAUUUACACGCCACACAGGCUCGGCAUCCUCACCAUGAUCCUCUGCUUCGCCCUCGGUAUCGCCAACGUUUUCACCGGGAGCAUCGUAAUCAUCGCGCUUAGCGCCGUGUGUCUCGCAUCCUCGUUCGUAAUCCUCUUUAUCGAAGUGCCCCUCCUUCUCCGCAUCUGCCCGACCUCGCCCAAGUUUGACAGCUUCAUUCGCAAGAUCACGACAAACUACAUGCGCGCCGCCGCAUACUUCACCAUGGGCCUCAUCCAGUGGCUUACCAUUAUCAGCCGCGCCACCUCGCUGAUCGUUGCGGCCGUGUUCCUGACGGCCACCUCGGCGUGUUAUCUCCUGGCGGGCAUCAAGGGCCAGGCGUUUGUGGGCAGCAAGACUCUUGGUGGAGCGGGGGUGGCGCAGAUGAUUGUAUGAGGUCGAGGCUGGGAGGAGGAGGAGGAGGAGGAGGAGGAGGAGGUACUAGUGACGGUUCUGGUGAUGACGAGCAACUAUGGGUAGUGGGGAGAUGGUCGGAAGUAAAGAGGGAAGAGAAGGUGGCUUUCCCCUCCAGGUUACUUAGGUGUCGCUAUGGGGUGAUCGGACGCUCCUUGAGGGUGCCGUCGUUCAGCUCGGCGCUGGCUACGUAGGAGAGAGACCCACGAAAGAGGCAUUAUUUUCUGUGUCGGAUCCGCAUCUUUGUAUUUAGUUUAAAAAGAGGGGCUCAUGGCGUCUAUGGUUUCCUCAUGGGUCUUGGGCGGCUCUUGAAUCCAUGUAGUUUGUUAG